GCAAUUUAUACUCUAUAUUCAUUUGACAGAGAGCCUGACCAUUGCAACCAUGUGCACCAAUAAGAAUCUGCUGCUAAUAAGCAUUGUGCUGACUGCUCUUUGUCUGCUUCAGUUCGGUGAGGCGAUUCCCUCCAUAGGACACUAUGGCAAGCGUUUUGAUCCCAUGGGCGGCAUUGAUUUUAUACAGAUUUGUCUGAACAAUUGCGCCCAGUGUAAGAAAAUGUUUGGCGAUUACUUCCAGGGCCAAACCUGUGCCGAGUCCUGUCUCAAGUUCAAAGGUAAAGCGAUACCCGAUUGCGAAGAUCUUGGCUCUAUAGCGCCGUUCAUCAAUGCGCUCGAGUAGAGGCUGGACAGAUGUAUCCGUCUCUUAAAACUGUAUAUUUAUGUGUGUGUGUAUGUGUUUGUAUGCGGGCGUGUAUUUUUAUCGCCGGUGUGACUCAAACGAGUUUUUGGGUCACGGCGAUGCGAGGUGAUGCGAUACGAUGCGAUGCGAUGCGAUGCUCAACACAAUCUUGGAUGAUGACGACCACGACGAUACUGAAACUGAAACUGGCGUUAACGAUAUACGAAUUAAUGGCUUUAACUAAAACACUUAACAAAGAGUUUCCGGCAGACCUCAGCACGUUAUCAAAGAAGUUCCUAUAGUACUUACUUACCAACCUAUAGUUAUAAUAAUAAUCAACAUUAAAUAAUUAACAGAAUUUAAACUACUA